AUGUCAAUCAAGCAGCCGCUUGGAAUCAAGAAGUUGACUAAUGUUGCCAUAGUGCGCUACAAGGCUGCCGGUAAAAGAUUUGAGAUUGCUUGCUACAAGAAUAAAGUUCUGAAUUGGCGCUCUGGUGUCGAGAAGGACCUGAGCGAGGUUCUCCAGAUAGACACCAUCUUCACGAACGUCUCCAAGGGCGAAGUGGCGAACGCCAAGGACCUGCAGAAGGCCUUCAACACCACGGAUCCAGAGGAUAUUUGCAAGAAGAUACUCAAGAGCGGGGAAUUGCAGGUCUCUGACAAGGAGCGCGAGGUCCAUCAGGAGGCGCUCCUCCGGGACAUCGUGCAGAACGUUGUUGAAAGGUGCGUUCACCCGCAGACUGGCAGGCAGCUCACCGCACUCACAGUCGAGAACGCCCUGAAGAGAAUAGGCUUCAGCGUCGUGGACCAGCCUGCCAAGAGGCAGGCCCUAAAGGCCAUUGAGGCACUCUGCAAAGAAAUGCCGGACAGUUUCGCGCGUGCCAAGAUGCGCUUGAGAAUAACAUGUCCCGACAGGCUCCUCGAUGAAUUCCGUAGGCACCUGACAGAAGUGUCCAACGCCACCAUCGAGGAGGAGACCCGCAGCGGCGAGGGCAGCAGCGCGGCCACCACCUCCGUGACUUUUGUGUGCGACCCCAGCCAGUACAGAGAGCUGGACAGUUUCACCACCGCGCAUGCGGGCGACUGCGUGUCCAUCCAGGUCAUCGCCUCCGCCGUGCUCCGCGACGGCGACGGCGGCGGACUCUGCUCCGGCGACCUCCUGGCCGCCCCGGCCCGCGCGCCUGCGCCGGUGGACCUCCCCGACCGCGCCGGCGCGGGCGCUGGCGCGCUGCCGCAGGGCGGCGAGCAGCUGGCGGGCGCCGCGCGGCCGCAGCCAGAACCCGAGAGGAAAAAGGGCGCCAUGCGGUGCUCCGCGUGCGGCGCAGAGCUCGAGGACGCGGCGAGCUACCGGGCGCACUGCAAGAGCGACUGGCACAACCACAACCUGAAGAGGAAGGUUAAGUCGCUGCCGCCCGUCUCCGAGGAGGACUUCGUGGAGAUAAGCCUGGACAUCCGCGAGGGCUUCACCACGGACACGUACUGA